CCCAAUAUGGCUGGUCAUCACCGACGCAGCGACAUCGCCAUCGGUGCAAUUCUCAUACAGGAUUUCGGUGACGGGUUACAGCCUGUCGCCUACGAAUCACGGAAGCUGCAGGGCGCAAAGAAAAAUUAUACAGUCCACGACAAGGAAAUGUUGGCGAUCGUCCACGCGUUCAAGACCUGGCGGUGCUACAUGACAGGCGCUGACGUCACGGUGCGAACGGACCACAAAUCCUUACAGUACCUGCGAGCUCAACCGAAUCUCAACCCGCGACAGAUGCGAUGGCUCGAUUUCCUCGAGUCGAAUUUCCAUUACACAAUCACCUAUAAACGAGGCGCCAACUAUAUCGCCGAUGCCUUGACCCGACCUAUUUCCCAUACCGCAGCCAUACUAAUCACCCAGACCAGCUCAUUACUUACCGGCCUAUUUAACAACGGCUACAAGAUCGACCCUUUCUUCCGCUCUGCUAUUCAUCAACAGCACACCAUCGCCGCUGGACACUAUUUUAAUAAGCGCGAUACUUCCCGCAUUUGGGUACCCGGCUACGAUUUACUUCGUACCCUUUUAAUACAGGAAUCCCACGACAACCCUACUUCCGGACAUUUCGGAGUCGACAAAACUACGAAGACGUUGCAUCGCAACUACUAUUGGCCGAACAUGGCUGACGACGUGCGCAAGUACGUGUCCUCCUGCACCGCCUGCCAGAUCAUGAAAUCUUCUCAUCAGCGAGCAGCCGGACUACUGCAGCCGUUGGAUCCGCCCGAGCGACCCUGGCAACAUAUUACGAUGGACUACGGGACAGGAAUGCCAACCGGUCCCAGCGGAAACGAUGCCAUCCUCGUGGUCGUCGAUCGACUCACGAAAAUGGCGCACUUCAUCGCUUGUCAACAGACAAUCACAGCCGAGCAAACUGCUCAACUGUUCAUCGCCAACUUCAUUCGAGUGCACGGACUACCCACCGCCAUUAUUUCUGACCGCGACCCGAAAUUCACAUCGAAUUUCUGGCGCCACCUGUGGGACCAGUUCGGCACCAAACUACAGUUUUCCUCUGCCUACCACCCACAGACCGACGGGCAGACCGAACGAGUCAACCAAACUAUGGAGCAGCUCAUUCGGACUACCUGUACUGACCCACAGACAUGGGAGAAAUCCCUUCCGCUGCUGGAGUUCGCGUAUAACAAUGCGCCAUCCGCGACAACGCAGCAGUCCUCGUUUUUCCUAAAUUACGGACAGGACCUGGUGCCUCACCUUGCAUUACAAUACCUCCAUUUGCGUUUCUUCCAGUCUGAGGCUAUGCCACUCACUGUUGUCAGGGUACAAAAAGAUAUCGACUCUCGUAGUCCUGCAUAGGAUACGUACCAAAACCGGUCCAACGCGUAGCAAUUCCGUCCUCGAAUGUUCCGGAUCCAAGGGGGUCAUAUCCCUCAGGACCCGUACCAAAACCGGUUUGUUCUCGAGCGUGCGUGACUCGAAACAGCCAGGAAAAAUCGAAUAAAUGUUGCUUUAUUACCGCAAAUGAGCUUUCACCUCGGCUGUGCUUCUCGUUUCCGUGUGCUUCUGUUGUUCAGGUCUAGACUGGUCCUGGUCCUCUCUACUACAGCGUGCUUGUAUGCGCUUGUGAAAUUGACCAUGCUACUGUGACCUUCAGUGUAGAUUUUCGUGUCCGAGAAUCGUAGUGUGCCGUAAUCUGCUUCUAGUCCGAAAGCAGCAUAGGCGGCAGGUGCGAUCAUGGGUUCGAAUGCUGCGUUUCUGAUUCCGGGAAUUCCUGACGACGCUGCGCUCAUGUGCUUCGCGAUGCUGCCGCGUGGGUGCUAUGGCGUCCUAAAGUGCGUCAGUCGCCGCUGGAAGGCGGCUCUAGGAGACGAGCACGUGUACAGUUUGAGAGAACAACUAGGCCACAAAGAAAGCUGGGUUCCUCCACCAAUGGUUUUGUUUAAGCGAAACCACCUCGUCCCGCUCGUCACGCCGCAUCAAGAUGGUGGCAGUGAAGCACAAGCAGUAUAUUUUCGGAGAUGACUUCAUUAUCCGUGAUGCCAUCACUGGCGCGGCGCCUGCACACCUGGACCCCAGUUGCCGUCUGACACUUACCUCAGCGUCCAGCUGGCGGCUUCUGAUUCGCACGUCGUUCUUGUCAGCGCCACGCCACAGGUCGUUUUUGGAGAUCCUGAUAGCCCUGGAGAUGUCAUUGUGCAUGUGCUGGCGGUGGAUGAAGCGGGCAUGCCACAGGGAGAGUGGCAGAGACUGCUUCCACGCAGGUGGACAGGCCUUGUCUCUCUGCUUGCUCACGAGGGAGGCCUCUGGCAGCUGAUUGGUCGAUGGGCGCAGGGCACACAGGGUAGAGGAGGUGGGGGAGGGGGCCGGGGGAGGGGACGAGGAAGGAGGGGAAGCGAGAGGCUGCGGUACAGAUGGGACCGCCAGAUGGCAUCGUUUGACCCGCGCACUCUGCAAUGGAUACAAGAGGACGAGGAGGAAGAGGAGGAGGGUGAGGGUGAUGAUGAUCCUUUGUUUGGGCAAGGAAUGAUGCAUGGAGACAUGGAUGCAGCUGCUCCUUUUGGUGGUGGUGACAAUAAUGAAAGUGACUCUACCCAUGCAGUGGAAAUCGACUAUGGGGAAGGGCCGGGGGGGUGUCACAAGCAGCUGCUGCUGCAAGCGGCUUCAGCCUGUGAGGUGCUGAGGCACAGGCAGCAGACUCUGGGGCCAGACUUGCUGGCGCUGCAAGGGGAGGACUUGCAGUGGGAGAUGAGGGGCUUGUUGACACGUGGACCUCAGCCAUUGGUUGCUGAUGGCCAGGGACGCGAGCAGGGGGGAAGAGGUGGAGAGAAGGGGAAGGCGAAGGAGGGUGUGUUGAUUAAUGAAGAGAAUGUGGUGAGGGUGAUGGCAUCGGGAGGAACAGGGUUGUUCAGCAUUAUUGGGGACCAAAUGAUGAUUGUUCCUGUAGCUGCCAAUGGUGAGUACUUGACCGGGCCUGGUGAUUGUGUAAGUGAAAAGCUUGCGACUGAUGCUACGAGUGCUCAAAGCGUUUCGAGCAGGAAGGGAGGCAUGUUGUGCUUGCUGCGAAGGGGGAGGGACAUGGUUGUUUGGGAAAACGGUUUAAGUCGUGUUCUUGAAGCCCCAAUUCUUUGGGGUGAUCAGAUUCCAGGUGGUGCUUUUGUUAUGAGCAUAUGAAAAUAAUGUAUCUUGCACAUUGCUAAUAUUGGGAUACAUUGGU